CAGCGGGCUGGCGGACGGUCCGAGGGCAGCGCGGGCGGCGCGCAGGGGGCAUGGCGGGUGCCGGGCUGCGGGCGGCCACUCGGCUCUGGCUGCUGUGCGGAGGCCACGGCGGACAGCGAGCCGCCUCGUCCUCGCCCUCCUGCCCUGGCUGCGGCCCCCCGGGUCCCGGCGCCCACUGCCCGGGCAGCCCGCGCCCCGCGUCAGCCCCGGCGCCCGCUGGCGGGGCCGAGCUCAGCGAGCACCUGUGGGCUCGUUACCAGGACAUGCGGAGGCUGGUGCACGACCUCCUGCCCCCUGAGGUCUGCAGCCUCCUGAACCCAGCAGCCAUCUACGCCAACAACGAGAUCAGCCUGAGUGGUGUCGAAGUCUAUGGCUUUGACUACGACUACACACUGGCCCAGUAUGCAGAUACCUUGCACCCCAAGAUCUUCUCUGCUGCCCGUGACAUCCUGAUCGAGCACUACAAGUACCCAGAGGGAAUUCGGAAAUACGACUACAACCCCAACUUUGCCAUCCGUGGCCUCCACUACGACAUCCGGAAGGUCCACACUGUCUUGCCUCACCCCACUGUCCCCCACCCUGUGCCGUGGCCUGGGCUCAAGGACCACCUUGGGCUGAUGGAGUCUGUGCGUCCACCCAGGGGCCUUCAGCCCGUGCCAGAUGAGGAGGUGAUCGCCCUGUAUGGGGGCACCCAGCACAUCCCACUGUACCAGAUGAGUGGCUUCUAUGGCAAGGGCCCCUCCAUCAAGCAGUUCAUGGACAUCUUCUCACUGCCGGAGAUGGCACUGCUCUCCUGUGUGGUGGACCACUUCCUGGGCCACGGCUUGGAGUUCGAUCAAACGCACCUCUACAAGGAUGUGACAGAUGCCAUUCGAGAUGUACACGUGAAGGGCCUCAUGUACCAGUGGAUUGAGCAGGACAUGGAGAAGUACAUCUUGAGAGGAGAUGAAACAUUCGCUGUCCUGAAUCGCCUGGUUACUCAUGGGAAACAGCUCUUCCUUAUCACCAACAGCCCUUUCAGCUUUGUGGACAAGGGGAUGCGGCACAUGGUGGGCCCCGACUGGCGCCAGCUCUUUGAUGUGGUCAUCGUCCAGGCGGACAAACCCAGCUUUUUCACCGACCGGCGCAAGCCUUUCAGGAAACUCGAUGAAAAGGGCUCUCUCCAGUGGGACCGUAUCACCCGCCUGGAAAAGGGCAAGAUCUAUCGGCAGGGAAACCUGUUUGACUUCCUGCGCCUGACGGAGUGGCGUGGCCCCCGCGUGCUCUACUUUGGAGACCACCUCUACAGUGACUUAGCGGACCUCAUGUUGCGGCAUGGCUGGCGCACGGGUGCCAUCAUCCCUGAGCUGGAGCGGGAGAUCCGCAUCAUCAACACGGAGCAGUACAUGCACUCACUGACAUGGCAGCAGGCACUCACGGGGCUGCUGGAACGUAUGCAGACCUACCAGGACGCGGAGUCACGGCAGGUGCUGGCUGCCUGGAUGAAGGAGCGGCAGGAGCUGAGGUGCAUCACCAAAGCCCUGUUCAACCCUCAGUUUGGGAGCAUCUUCCGCACCUUCCACAACCCCACCUACUUCUCACGGCGCCUUGUGCGCUUCUCCGAUCUCUACAUGGCCUCCCUCAGCUGCCUGCUCAACUACCGCGUAGAUUUCACCUUCUACCCGCGCCGCACGCCCCUGCAGCACGAGGCCCCGCUAUGGAUGGACCAGCUGUGCACCGGCUGCAUGAAGACACCCUUCCUCGGCGACAUGGCUCAUAUCCGCUGAGGGUACCUUUAUUGUCCGGGACAGGCCCCAGCCACCCUGGGCCUGUGUCCAGAUGAGCAAUAAAGGCCUCUCCUUCCUGCACAUUCCUCA